UUUGGAUAUCUAGUGGUUGAGCAGGGAUAUUAAAAGGCAGAUAAAGUUUGAGGAAGUUGCUGCUUGAAAGCUCAGCAGUCUUCUUUUGGGAUGGAAAGAGAUGAGGACACAAACAGGGGUCUGUUAACUUCAGCUCUCACCCCCUCCUUCUCCUCCUGUCUUGUUUACCUGCUUGGAGUGUUUCAAAGGAGUGCUCUGUUCACUUAUGAGGAAGGGGGCAGGGAGAGUGUCGAAGAGAGGGCAACUCACACCCCACCUCCUCUCAGGGGGCAGCAAACUGGGAAAGAAGGAAUAAAAAGCUGAGCACGACACUCAUCAAUCAUAAAACUUAUUUUUUUUGUCUUAGUUUCUGUGUUUUCUGCAUUCUGAUAUGGCUUUCAGACUGUUUUUAGCUCUCUCUGUGAUGCUUUUCCUGACAGCCUGUGAAGCUGGAAAGCAGAUGCCCAAACUAUCAAAUAAGAAACUCUGCGCUGACUCUGAAUGCAGUCAUCCAAUCCUCAUAGCCCAGGCGCUUCAGGACUACUACCCUGGAGACUGCAGGUUCAUCCCCAUCCGACAGGGGCAGCUCGUCUAUGUUUAUGCAAUGCUGAAAGACAGAGGGAAUCUCUUCUGGGCUGGCAGUGUACAAAAUACAUAUUAUGGAGAACAGGAGGCUCGCAUUGGUCACUUCCCUAGCAGCGUUGUGGAGGAAACACAUGCUCUCAUGCCAGCAACCACUGAAGUCAAAACUACCAACUGGGACUUCUACUGCAACUGAUGUUGAGUGGGCAGACAGAGAAAACGACAAGCGUUCCUUAACACACAAUUAUGGUCUAAUCCAUGUUAGCUCGUCUCUGAAUAAGUUUUUGAAAAUCAUGAAAUGAUUUAUGGGUGUCAGAAAUUGCAUUCUGAUAACCUUGUCAAAUAGAUGCUUUGAUUACUGAUCAUUGAUUUCAAGGUCGAGUUAUUUUCCUCUUCCUGUUAUAUAUCAAACUCGGGCUCUUCUUUCAUGCUUUUCUGUGUUCUUGUUAUUUGGUAUUUAAAUGAGAUUUACUUUACACAACAUGACUUGACAGAAUUUAAUCGGAUUUUCUGUCAAAAUUAAAUAAAGAAAAUACAUUGCAAUGAUCUUAUCUGUAUUUAAACAUGUAAUCAUCUUUAUCUUAAAUUAUUUAGAAGAUAGUUCUCCUACAUAUGCUAUCUGGGACACUUUGGCUUUUCAUACUUUCAGUUUUACAGAUAAUAAACAUUUCAACAAAAACUGUAAAAAUGUGUCUUUUUUUAGGCUGAGCUUGGCAAGAGAAUUUACCUGAAUAUGCUGCCUAUUAUUUAUUGUAGCACGAUAUGAUGGUGAAACACACAUCUUUUAAAUAAAUGGGUUUUUUUGUUGUUGUUUUAGCUGUGUUAUGCUUAGACAUUCAGAAUAUACAGGACAUUUGGAUUUAAACAUUUUUUUCAAGACAAAGUCAACUUUUACUAUCUGGCAAUCAUUCAGUUUUUUUUUUGUUUUU